AUGGCUCUGAUCUUCACUUCUGGUAAAGAUUUGUCAGAAGAAGAUGUUGCUGUUUUUUUGUGGGUUUUGGUUUCUGACACUUUUGCUUGGGAAGUAAAACAGUACAGUAGCUCUGAGUUCAAGGUGCUUUUUCCUACAAAGGGUGAUCUAGCAAAGAUGACAAGGUUCAAUGCAGAAAUGAAAGAAGGCGUGACGACUCUCAAAUUUCAAGAAUUCAAGGAAGAUGAGGAAUAUUUCGGUCAUGCUCUGCCAGUGGUGUGGAUGAGAGUCUUAAAUCUUCUGACAAUUUUAAGGGAGUAUUUGGUUUUGUGGACUUUGGGAACUCUUUUUGGAGUUACUCAAGAUGUGGACAUGGUGACAACUAGAGCGAGUAGCUUUGGAAGGUUUGCAGUGGCAGUACUAGAUCUGGAGGCAAUUCCAACCAAACUAGAUGUCAUUAUUGGUAAUCGAUACUUCCAGUUACUUUUCGAAGUUGAACCUUAUUUACCAAACAUCGGGCUCCGAAGCAUUUGGAACACCAAGAAUAAUGGGAAUGAAGAUCAUGGUAGUGGGGCACCAAAGGACGUUGAGAUGGAGGAGGCACAAAAUCAUGGCAAGGUUAUCAACUCAGUGCAAGUGCACAGCAAUGAUCGUAUUGAGCAAAAUUUAGGAGGGGUGGGGAUCACUCUGGGUGGUAGAGAAAACUUAAUUGCUGGUUCUAUAGCUUUAAUUAAAGAUGUAGAACAAGAGAGAUUGAAACCUUCGUAUGUUGGUAAUUCAAUUGAUAAAGAAUGUGAAUCAGAGGAGGAUGAGGUCGAUCCUGAUACUUCUACCAUCGAUCGACUCUGUGGUGACUUGACGGAGGAGGUGAUGGAUGAUAGUAAUGUGAGCGUUGAUGGAGUACUUGUUGACAUACCCAUCAAGGUGGCAAAAAAAUAA